UACAUUGCUCAGAAACAACACAAAAACAAAUAUGACAAUGUGACCCAUCACAACCAAGCUGCAGUUCUCCUGACUCUAAGGUAUUCCAGCAAAGACCAUAAAAAACUCAGCCACCACCCCUCCCCUAUCUGCCUCAUCCGGCAUCACCCCUUCCCAGUGCCCCGAGAAUGUGCAAUUGCAAAUACAAAAGACACAUUACAUCGGCAACCACGAACGAUCACAUGA